CGUCGGCGAAGCGGUCACCAAUCUUCCAGGACAGGGGAGCGGAAUGCUUGGUACUUGAAGUUGGGUCUCCAGAAGCCACCGUGUUGACCUCUCUGGGUUUGGAAGACGUCUUCUUUGCCGGCCGAAGACGGGAAGAGGGAGGAAGGUGCUGCUUCUUCCGUUCUUUGUCCUUCCACAGUCAAACAAAGACGCGAUCGAGAGAUAUAGAGAGAGAGAGAGAUUGGUACUAGUAGGAGGAGGAGUUUUACGGGGAAUCGACAGCUUUAUUGUGUUCUUGAAGGUUUUUGAAGCGAUCGAUCGUUAUAGUUUCAGAUCUCAAAAUCCGACCUUUCGUUGUAUAUCGAGGAGGCUCUUCCGAGCGUGUCUGUUGGGAUGAACAACGUCAACGGUUCCGUGGUCGGUUCCAGCUCCGGAUCUGGGGAUGGAUCAGCUCCCAGGAGGAACUCCAAGCGGCCUAAGUAUUCAAGGUUUACGCAGCAGGAGCUGCCAGCAUGCAAACCUAUUCUUACUCCAAAAUGGGUGAUAUCUGUAUUCACUCUCAUCGGUGUCGUAUUUGUUCCGAUUGGCGUUGCAUCACUAAUGGCCUCCAAUGAUGUUGUCGAGAUUGUGGACCGAUAUGAUAAUGUCUGCGUGCCUCUGAACAUGACUAAUGACAAGGUUGCGUAUAUUCAGAAUAAUGAAACAGACAAAUCCUGCACAAGAAUGCUUGAGGUGCCCAAACACAUGAGUCAGCCUAUUUACGUGUACUAUCAACUUGAUAACUUCUACCAGAACCAUAGGAGGUACGUGAAGAGCCGAAAUGAUGCACAAUUGAGAAAGAAGAGUCAGGAAAAUGAAACAAGUGGCUGUGAUCCAGAAAAAAGGACAAAAGAUGGUGCUCCAAUUGUUCCAUGUGGUCUCAUAGCAUGGAGUUUGUUCAAUGACACAUAUAUCUUUGCCAUUGGAAACAAAAAUUUGACCGUGAACAAGAAGGGGAUUUCUUGGAAGAGUGACAGGGAUCACAAGUUUGGAAAGGAUGUCCUUCCAAAGAACUUCCAAAGUGGCCCUCUUAUAGGUGGUGGAAAACUUGACGCUACAAAACCUUUAAGUGAGCAGGAAGACCUCAUUGUCUGGAUGCGCACUGCUGCUCUUCCAACAUUUAGGAAAUUGUAUGGGAAGAUUGAGCAGGAUCUGAAUGCGGGUGAUGUCAUUACUGUUACAUUAGAGAACAAUUACAACACAUACAGUUUCAGUGGCAAGAAGAAAUUGGUGCUUUCCACAUCAAGUUGGCUUGGUGGAAAAAAUGACUUUCUUGGCAUUGCUUAUCUGGCUGUUGGAGGGUUAUGCUUCUUUUUAGCUGUGGCCUUCACUAUCGUGUAUUUGGUAAAACCUAGGAAGCUUGGUGAUCCUUCAUACUUGUCAUGGAAUAGAAAUCCUGCCGGCCACUAAGCUUUCAGGGCUCGUCAAAUUAUAUGACAUCCUGCAUCUUUUGUCUCCGUGUUUAAGUCACAUGUCAUCAACUGUCAGGAGCAAGAUUUUGUGCGGAAAUCAUAAGUGACUCAAUGCAUGUAUCAUUAACUAAAGUAACUAUUCCAUUCUUUUAGUUCUGUGAUCAUCAUUCUGUAUGUUGGCAUGCUCGUACUGCCAACCCUUCCAUUGUGUGGGUUGUGUGAAAACUAUGUCUUGGGGUGUAACAACAACAUUAUCUCUUUCUUAUUUUUUCGUUAUAUCAGGAAAAUUCCUUCA